AUGGGGUCAAUUCCUCUUGGAACCUCAGUAUCUCCAACUCCUAUAUACACUUCAAAAAUCUCAUCUCUCAAUAUCAAUUUUAAGAAAUCAAGUGCUUUCCCAUCUUGGGUUUCACCUUCAUCUCUUGAAUUAUCAAUUCUUUCUCCCUCCCAAUCAGGAUUAUGCAGAGCCAGUCAAGUUGUUGAUUUGUUUCCAACUGUGUCUCCGGAAAUUACCGUCAGAGAGGCGAGAUUAGAGGACUGUUGGGAAGUGGCCGAGACUCAUUGCAGUUCUUUCUUUCCCGAAUAUUCGUUUCCAUUAGAUUUUGUGCUGAGGAUGGAUAGAUUGGUGGCUAUGUUAGCAGGAUUCUCUUUACCGAGUGGUUGCAAAAGAACCUGUUUGGUUGCUGUGAUCGGCAACUCACUUGAUCAAACUUUCUUAUUUGGAAGUGAAGAUUUCAAAAUUGCGGGUCUUGACGGGAAGUUAAGCCUCAACAAGGGAUAUGUAGCUGGCAUAUUGACAGUAGACACCGUUGCCGACUUUCUGCCUAGAAAGGGACCGCUGCGACAGAGAAGGACUGGAGUUGCAUACAUCUCAAAUGUGGCGGUGAGAGAAAAAUUUAGACAGAAAGGAAUAGCAAAACAGUUGGUGGCUAAGGCAGAAUCCCAAGCCAGAAGUUGGGGAUGUCGCGCCAUUGCGUUACACUGCGAUUUACGAAAUCCUGCAGCGACAAAGUUAUACGAAGGGCGAAGUUUUAAAUCUAUAAAGGUUCCAGAAGGAGCUAACUGGCCUCAACCAAAGACCUCACCAGAUGUUAAGUUCAACUUCAUGAUGAAACUUCUCAACAAAUCAGCAGUUUCUUAA